UUCAUAUUUUUCUUCGACAGUCGAUUCUUUCUCCCAUCCCCCUCCGGACCCUCCCUCUCGCUGCGCAGCACUCUCGUCCCUCUCUCUCUCUCUGCACAGCACGAAGAGCAGGGCAUUAGUUGGUGAAGGGAGACAAACACAGUCGAGUUCAGGCAUGGCUAUUGCAUUUGAAUCUUACCACUGCAUAUGGUCUACUCUGCUUUUCCGAGCUUACUGUUUGGUGCUGGUGUUUGGUGUACUGCAUAUGCUACUUUAGCAGUUAUUGGGUCAUUUCGGAUCUUCAAUUUCAUCCGCACACUGUUUUGAAUUGAUAAAGCAGUUUGGAUUUCUGUAAGAGAUAAGCAGACUGUACUCCACCCCAGAAUUCUGAAUUCCACUGCAGACCUACAACAAUUUAAAAUUUCAAACACCUCCACUUAAACACCAAUACCCGCCCGUGUAUUGGCAUCAAUUCUGAGCUGGCACCUGCCCCAACUGUACGGUGGAGCUAAGAUUUGUGGAGGUGGAUUGAACAGUAAAAACCUCUUUUUAUAAUGGGUUAUGCACAAUUAGUUAUUGGUCCUGCAGGCAGCGGAAAGUCAACUUACUGUUCUAGUUUGUAUCAACACUGCGAAACCAUUGGGCGCACUAUCCAUAUUGUGAACCUAGAUCCUGCAGCAGAAAGUUUUGACUAUCCUGUGGCCAUGGAUGUUAGGGAACUCAUUUCUUUGGAUGAUGUUAUGGAAGAGCUUGGGUUGGGUCCGAAUGGUGGCCUCAUUUAUUGUAUGGAACAUCUUGAAGAAAGUUUGGAUGACUGGUUGGCGGAUGAAUUGGAGAAUUACCUAGAUGAUGAUUAUCUAGUUUUUGACUGCCCAGGCCAGAUAGAACUCUUUUCUCAUGUCCCAGUGCUUCGGAAUUUUGUGGACCAUUUGAAGCGCAAGAAUUUCAAUAUCUGUGCUGUAUACUUGCUUGAUUCACAGUUUAUUACAGAUGUAACCAAAUUUAUAAGUGGUUGCAUGGCAUCUCUUUCUGCAAUGGUUCAACUUGAAUUACCCCAUGUCAAUAUUCUCUCCAAAAUGGACCUUGUGACAAACAAAAGGGAUAUUGAAGACUAUUUAAAUCCAGAGCCACGGGUUUUGUUAUCAGAGUUGAAUCAGUACAUGGCACCCCAGUUUGAAAAGCUCAAUAAAGCUUUAAUUGAACUGGUGGACGAGUAUAGCAUGGUCAGCUUCUUGCCUCUUGACUUGAGAAAGGAGAGCAGUAUACAGUAUGUAUUGUCCCAGAUUGACAACUGCAUUCAGUAUGGAGAAGAUGCGGAUGUCAAAGUUAUGGAAUUUGAUCCGGAGGAUGAAGAUGAUUAAAAUACAGUUAUAGGGGGCCCUUUGUUGCUUGAAAACCUUAAUUGGCAUUGCAAGUACUGUGGCAGCAUGGUAUACGAAGAGUUGGUUUUUGAGAAACAAAAUACUUGUUUCCUUUUGUUUAAACCUUAUCAUAGUAAUAUAGUAGUACAAUUACUUAUUUUGCUUGG